CAAAAUAAGGUGAGUCCGCCAACUCACUCACUCGCCAUAGUUAGCAGCAGCCUCGCCCAACUCCAUCCAGGAAAGCCCUCCUCGUAACGAUCCCAGACUACAACCGUCGCCAAUGCAUUCACUGAUUAAUCAUUUCGUCUCAUGAUAACCCAUCUCCUAUUAUUAUCACUAGGCCAACAUCCAUAACGCCCUUUGGCCGAACUAACAGACAAGUUGCGACGUUACGUCAACCCGCGCACAACCGCAGCAUUCGGGUCUAAUCCCAAUACGGAUCAGCCCCAGCCGUCGACUGACAGCGAAGAGACGUCCUCGAUCUUGACAGCUCUCCACCCUCCGCGAGGAGCUCUCCGGACCCGAUUUCUAUGUGAACGGCUUGACUCGCUCCCUUCUGGCUUCGCGCCGCUCUCCUCCGCAUCUCGAACUCAUGGAAUUACAACGCAAAGAUUAUCCAGCGCUGCUGGACACUCUCCCGCCUGCGCAAGCUGUCAAUCUCCUCAAUGAUCGCAUGCGCCAUGUCAGCCAGCUCAAUUCGCACAUCGCAGACUGGCUCCAGGAACGGCGCCGUGUGGAGGAACUCUAUGUUCAGGGCCUUCGAAAGUUAGCUCUCAAGCACCCUCCGGACGAGUCCUCAGACUUGGGUGUGUUCUCAACACCAUGGCAGAAGAUUGUCAGCGCAACCGAGGCCGUCGCCGAAUCGCACCACCAACUCGCACAGAAGAUUGACGCAGAUGUCGAGCGCCCACUCCGCGACUUCGCUACGACCAAUCGCGAGGUUCAAGCCAUGGCUACCAUCUCUGGCAACCUCGCCGCCAUGUCUAAGGAGAUCGAGACCGCUAAGAAGAAGUCUGAUAAACUGAGGGACAAGGGUACCAAGGCUGAGGCGAGCAAAGUCGCCAAUGCAGUUGGCGAUGUCGAGAAGGCGACCUUACAGUGGGAAUCGCAAGCACCGUACGUUUUUGAAAAACUGCAGGCAGUCGACGAAUCUAGGCUGGACCACCUGCGCGACGUCCUCACACAGUUCCAGACACACGAGGUGGACCAGGUGGAGAGAAGCAGAAUCAGUGCAGAAGAAACACUGAAUGUCUUGCUCAACAUUGAGACGGCGGAUGAGAUCAAGACAUUCGUUUUAAGAGUGCAGAGUGGGGAAAGACAACAGCCCGUAAGGAAGCAAAGUAACACUGCUACGCCAUCUAGGAGCCUUGCUCCUCCUCCAUCCACACCACAUCAACCACCGGCCGAAGAUGACAGGAGCCAGAAGAGCGGAUCUGUUCAUGAGACUAAGCACAGCGGCCUAAAGGGUCUGAAACGUUUUGGGACAGUGCUGGGUCGAAGGAAGAGCAGCCACCCGUAUGGUCGAGCAUCGUCACCAGAGCGGAAAUCAUCUUCUAAUAAUCUCAGCUCCGCAUUCAGUGGAUUUGGUAAAGGCAAGGCGAAGGACCGUGAUGCGCCCGGCUCGUCUAUGUCGAACGAUCGGCCAGGAUCACCAUCGAGAAGAUUGUCCUUGACUCCGCGACCAUCGGACGCUUCUAGCUCGCCGCGACAGACACGACAGUCUGCAAGCGAGAGGACCAAUGGCGCUACCAGCCCGGAGCCUCUUCAAGAGAUAACCACGGGCGCCAGCUCGGUGAAUGGUACAGCACAGGAAACCAUUCCUGAACUGAAUGAGCCAUUGUCACCUCCUCCCGCAGCUGACGUCAAACCGGAGCCUGAGAAAGACGCCGAGGGCUUCUCUGUUCCUCCGUCGGCGAUUGACGCCAUUACGGAAGCGGAGAGGGAGGCAGGCCUCGUUCCCGGUGAGAGUGCACCUGCGCCGCAGUUCAAACUUGAUAUUCGCAAUGCGCCCAUCCAGGAAGAAGAUGGGGAUGCGGACGCGGCUGUGGCUACGCUAGCGAACACUCUCCGAGCGCAAGCUGCACCUACAGCUAGACGUUCAAACACGUUACGUGGCCGAAGAGAUGUUCGCAACACCAUCUUCGUACCAAAUCCCGCGACACCGGAGCUCACAAGCAUCGGAGAGUCAUCGAUCCCUCCUCUGCCCUCAACAGGCGGCUCUGCUCCUGGUUCAAGCGGUUUUCCUGCAACCACACUCCCACCCCAACCGUCAUCGCCAGCAUUCAAGCUUCCCCACAGGACAUUGCUUGCCGACGACCACGCAGCCUCCGAUACCCAGUCCGUGCGAUCUGGACGUUCGCUGAGCAGCUCUGCCAGCACGACCAUCCGACACCCAGACCUGCAUGAGCCAGGGCUAAAUGCGUCAUUGGUCGAGACGGUUAGCGCAUGGUUCGAACAAGGAAAGGUGACCAAAGCUAUGGUCAUCGGUCAAGUGGCGCUUGCAUUCAAUCCAGUCGAUCUCUCUGCAGGUCCAUUCGGGACGGAGAACAUUCGAUUGGAGAACUUCCCCGUUCUGGAGAAGGUCGCGCCCAAUCCAGCCUUCAUUGAGCAAGCACCCGACGCCCCGGGAACGUACAACGUCGACCUCACCAAGAUCACCAAGACGUCGGUGGCCUUCCACUAUCAAGUCCACCUCGACGGCAGCAAUCUAUCUACAUUCGCGCCGCUCGUCCUGUCGCCGGCGUGGCGUGUUGAGCCAAACCAGACGUCAGUGAUACUACACUACUCGCUCAACCCAGACUACAACCUGGGCAAUGCAUCGUCGAUCACGCUCCGCAACCUCGUCCUCGUCGUCCGCCUCGAACCAGGCGUGAAGACAACAUCCUGCCAGUCCAAGCCCCCCGGCACCUUCUCACGGGAACGAGGCCUCAUCUACUGGCGCCUCGGCGAAGCGACCUUCACCAAAGACCAGCCCGCACAGCUGAUGCGCGUCCGCUUCGCCACGGACGGCGAAGCAAAGCCAGGCAACACCGAAGCUCGCUGGGAAGUCACCGGCGACGAGACCCUCAGCUUCGGCAGCGGCCUCAGCGUCUCCCAGCCGUCCCCCAUCGACGCAAAGCCAGAAGGGGAAACCGACCCCUUCGCUGAUGCCGACGAGACCGUUCCGCUGCCCAGCCCGGCCAUCGUGGGGUGGAAGCCCGUCGCGAGCGUCAAGCGCAUCGCCAGCGGAACCUACUCGGGCGUCUAAGUCUAAUGUACCGAGUACAGUACACACACGCAGAAAGUUGGGUCGAGAAUCGGAGGUAGGGUGUUGGUUCGUUUGGCUUUUGUUUGGUACACUAUCCUGGCUCGCCACGUGCGCACGUAAGUUGGGCUCCCCACCUCCCCCUUAGUCUGGAAGGGCAACAGAAGAACCUUGGAUAUACACACUCUGUAGAUAUUUUGCCUCGUGAUCAUCACUUUCUUCUGUCCGUCGGUCCGUAACGGUAGGCGUGGGGUGUGCAAAUUUACAAUUGGGUGCGGAGGUAGUUAGUUUGGGUAAACGCAGCGAGCGAGAGAGAUGGAGAAAGUAGGGCAGGGCGUGACACUCUUCAUCUUCCUCCCCUUUUUGUAGAUACAGUUCUAGAUAGAAGAGUGAGGGUGCAUUUUUGAAAGGGGGUUUAGCGGGUUCGAUUCUAUGAUAAUACUAUUUUGACAUACUCCUACGUGUGUACCGUAG